AUGGCAGUCUUCGGAGUAGGGAAUGUGGCCGCACAGCUCGAUGAAAUCAACCAAUACCACCUUGGACGCUACAUUAGCAGCAAUGAAGCAGUAUGGCGCAUCUUAUCAUUUUCAAUCCAUGAACGACAUCCAACAGUAGUACACUUGGCGGUGCAUCUCGAGAAUAAACAGCGCGUGUACUUCACAGCAGAUAAUUGGCUCAGUACGCAUGCUAUAUUAGCGGCCAAAAACAUCGAUGUCAAUACCAUCAACUUUACUAUUCAGAAUGGAAUACCCGGCGAAACGACAACAUAUAAGUCCAUCGAUACUGUGGUUAAUCAAGACGAAGUUGUCAACUAUCCAACUGAAUUCUUGAAUUCGCUUGAUUUGCCAGGCAUGCCACCGCUCGUUCUAACAUUGAAAAUUGGCGUACCCAUCAUUCUUCUUCGAAACAUAAAUCCACCACGACUUUGCAACGGAACCAGACUCUCAGUCAAGAAAAUGAUGAACAAUGUUAUCGAAGCAACAAUUUUAACUGGAAAAUUCAAAGGUGAAGACGUACGCAUCCCAAUGAUCCCGACAGAUAUGCCAUUCGAAUUCAAACGUUUGCAGUUCCCGGUGCAACUCGCUUUCGCAAUGACUGUGAACAAAGCACAAGGACAAUCGUUGCAAGUGUGUGGAUUAAAUUUGGAGAAUCCAUGCUUCUAA